GGCCGCGUGCUUCACCCCGAACAGCAUCGAGUCGUGAGCGUGCGGGAGUGUGCUCGGUCCCAGGGGUUCCCGGAUACCUACAGGCUGUUUGGAAACGUACUUGACAAGCACAGACAGGUGGGUAAUGCAGUGCCUCCGCCCCUGGCCAAAGCCAUUGGACUCGACAUCAAAGUGUGUGUCUCAGCCAAAAUGAAAGAGGAUGCUACAGAAACCAUCAAACGGGAAAAGAUGGACGUCUCGGAUUAAACGCCCUCUCCUUCGACUCCUGGAUCCAGCACAUGAACACCCAAACAUGCACUGAUCGUUUUAAUUCUUGGUCAUUGUUUCUGGGUUUAUUUUUUCCCCUUCCUCCCGGACUCGCUGAAAGCCGUCGGGCAGGGAGGGGAGCGUCUUUCUUUUUUUAUUAUUAUUAUUAUUUGUCUCUGUUCAGCCUGUAUCCGUGAGCAGUGUUCGUCUCUUUCGAUGUUCCAGAUUAUCGACACCAGACCAUCCCCGAGUGAUCAGUUGUACAGUGCCUGCCACUUCAUGCGUGUGCGUGUGGGCGUAUGUGUGUGCGUGCGUGCGUUUGGGGGAGGGGCGGGGGUAAGGACAAUGUUUUUAUUAUGCAUUGUAUUGGAAAAAUUAAUCUGCCACUUUGUACAAGUGGAAAUUAACACUUUAUGUAGUUUUUAUAUGUUGUAAUAUUUCUUCCAAUAAAUCU